AUGUCCAAUCUGAAAGCAAUCAUCAUCCCCGGCAUUGGCUGUGACGACAUCCGCGAUGCGAAUUGGUACCAGUACUUUCACGACGAACUUGAGAAGACUGGGCUGUUCCCUCGAGGGGUCGUCCUUCGCGACUUCCCUGAUCCCUAUGGAGCCAAGGAAUCUGUAUGGCUAGCCUUCAUCAAAUCCGACAUCGGCGUCGACGAGGAGACGGUCUUGAUUGGGCACUCUUCAGGGGCGAGUGCAGCAAUGCGGCUUACAGAGACGACAAAAGUGUGUGGAUCACUGCUUGUGUCAGCGGCGUUGACGGAUCAGGAUGAUCCAACUGAGAGAGAAAGUGGAUACUUCAACAGGCCCUUUGACUACGCCGCCAUCUCAGCCAACAACACCAAGCUCCUCCUCCAGCUAUCAGGGUCGGAUGAUCAUCUCGUGCCUAUCGCGGAACAGCGAGAAGUGGCGGAGGGGUUGUUCGGCGGCGAAAAGACGGCAACGAGAAGGUAUGUGGAGAUGGAGGGAAAGGGGCAUUUUCUGACGGAGGAGUGUCCGGAGGUGGUGGAGGUUCUGGUAAAGGCGUUGGAGGAGUUGAGGAGUAAGCUGUGA